AUAAAAUCGUGUCUACAAAACACUGCAAGCGAGAUCUGGUCGUUAUUAGCAAUGAGCAGGAGACACAAGAAAGAUAAAUCAACAGAUUGGAACAAGAGACUCUCAGGCUCAGAUGGAAAACUAUACAUACAACAGCCUCACUCUUCAGCUCGAGGGGUUAAUGGUCACCAAGACUAACAAGUACCCUGUCUUCUUUUUUCUGCUCUUGGCCUAUGUGUUCAUCUUAACUGCCAACGUGGGCAUCGUGAUCUUGAUAUGGAUGGAUAGAAGCCUCCAUCAGCCGAUGUAUCUCCUCUUCUGUAACCUGUCGAUAAAUGAUGUCAUGGGAAACUCUCUCCUGGUUCCACGGGUGCUCGCAGACAUCCUGGUGCCCCCCUCUGAGCGCAUUAUUCACUACUAUGAGUGUCUGAUGCAAGCUUUUACCACACAUAUGUUUGGCACCAACGCACACACAGUGCUCAUGGUUAUGGCCUUUGACAGAUAUGUGGCCAUCUGUAACCCCCUGCGAUAUGCUACGAUAAUGAACGGCAAAAUGGUGAUCAAGCUGACAGUUUCUGCCUGGGGAGUGUCCUUUGUUUUGGUGGCCAUUCUGCUCGGUCUAACCAUACGGCUGAACCGAUGCAGGACUCUGAUCACAAACCCUUUCUGUGAUAAUCCCUCGCUCUUUAAACUCUCCUGUGAGGAUGUGUUCAUCAAUAACGUCUAUGGCCUUGCUUUCACUGUCGUCCUGCUCUCGUCCUCUAUAUGCAGUAUAAUUCUCACAUAUUCUAAAAUCACAGCAGCCUGUCUGACUAGUAACAGCAAAUCUUUGAACGGUAAAGCCUUGAAGACCUGCAGCACUCAUCUGUGCCUGUAUCUGAUCAUGCUUGUCACUGGGCUGAUCCCCAUCGCCCUUCAUCGCUUCCCCCAGUUCCCAGAGUACAGGAAGAUUGUAGCCAUUCUUUUUAACGUUGUUCCCGGCAGCCUCAACCCUGUUAUCUAUGGGCUGCAGUCCCAAGAAAUACUCAAGUGUUUGUCAAAACUAUUCCACCUUAAAAGAGUUAAACCAUCAUAUUAAAUCUAGAGGUUUUUUUUUUCAAACAUGAAAAUUGUAAAAUGAUGUUCCUUUCUUUAUUUUCAGCUGUGUGAGGUAACAUGUGAAGUCAACAAUUGAUGAAUUUAACAGUGAACAAUGUAUGAUGAUAACAGCAAUCACAAAUAUUGACCCAAACCAUUAACCCUACAAAAAGUAGGAAUGUUACAUGUGGCAUUUGAUUCAAAAGAGAAGCUGUUUAUUCAGAGAAUGAAAUGUAAAAGGAGGGCAAUGCGGACACAACAUGUGCACUAUGUGAUGGAUGUGAGAUUUUACGCACUCCUGUUUGUGUUUAUGCAAUUAAAGAUCUUGGAAGCGUUCUGUCAGAUAAUGUCAGAUAAAUUCAGGUUUGCAGUGUAUGUGUGAAAGGGACUUACGUUUACUUUUAUGUAUUUUCUCUGCUCUAAAUUUCCUACCUCAGUGGUAACAAUAAGAAACUGUGAUAGAUGAAAAUUGUAA